AUGGAAGUCUAUUUAAAAGAACUAGUUGAUACGAACAAAGCUACUAACGAUGAGAUUUCAAUCGAUUUUCGAGGUGAAACAUUCUCGUACGACACAUACAAUGCUCAGGAUUAUACCGAAACCGACCAACGUCAAAUAAUCGAACGUUUCUUUUUUAAAUCAAUCGAUUUCAUUGCUAAGCCGUCUGUAUUAGACACUAUUCUUCGUCGUCUCUAUGCUGGAAACUAUGCCGUUCUACCUACGAAUGUCAAAUCUUAUCUUUUCGAAACAUUGGAGCUUUGUCCACCGAAAGACUUCCUUCCGUGGAUAUAUAGAACAUUGAACAAUGAAGAAGAGAUGUUGAACAUCAAUAUCCAAGCAUUUUCGGCUUAUAUUGAUACAAAAAGAAAGCGUGGAUCAACAAAUGGAGAAAUUCGUUAUACAAUUUUAUGCGAAUCAUCAACAAAAUUACUCGAAUUAAUUCUCAGUAGAAUAUCUCGUGAUAAUUUAACAUCAAAACAAGCUUGGUUAGCCGUAUUUCGUCUCAAACAGCAAUUGCCACUGACAAGUUUACAAAAAGAUCUAUUUAAUGAAUGGCUUGGCGUUGUUUAG